CAGUUUCUUAAUACUUCUUUCCAAAACAAGGAAAGCAGUAAGAAAACAAAAUUUUCUUUUGCUUUCUAAGAGAUGCUAAUCAUUUUGCUCUCUUAUAAUUUUCACUACUUCUGCUAAAACAACUUCAAAUUCUAGCAUUUGUCGCGACACUUUCAGUGAAACUCCUCAUUGUCAAGAGUUUGCAGAGGGAAACGAAGAUGUAUUCUUUUGGUAGUUGUUAAUUUCAUUCUUCCAUUCCUAUGCUUUGGAGUAUAUGGAAGCUGAUUGUCAACCAGUCCGUAAAGGAAGUUCUACACUUCUAACAGCUCAUUACCUAUAUUUAUUGUCGAGGAAUUUGAAUUGUAUGGGUUGCAAUAAAUGAAGCAUCAACUCAAAGUUUCUUUUGCUCUUAUUAUUAGCUUUCUAUGGUUUCAGCAAUCAUUUUCAAAUGAACCUUCUGAUACUGGUCUAAACAAGUGGGAAUGUAGAUGUUCUUUCCGAGGGAAUCAAAGAUACUCUAUUGCAAAUUGUUCCAAGUCAUGUGAUUGUCAUUCAGAGAGUGCUUCCAUAUGGACAUGUAUUUGUGAUUCAAAUGGGUUUCCGGAAGUGGCAACAGAUAUCGAUAAUCCUAACUGCUUUAUUGCCUGCAACUGCAUCUGGGGAACUGCUAAGAUGUCAUUAGGUUCAAAGUCACAUAUUUCAAGCAAAAUUGUAAUCAUCAUUCUAGUGAUGUCUAUUACGAGCACAACUAUUGCAUUUCUUGCCUUAUUUUUAUGUUAUGCUCGUCGAAGGAAGAGGCCUCAUCCUAUUCAAUCACCAAUGAACUCAUCAUCAGAUAAGGAAACAAGUUAUAAUAAUACUAGCAACUUCAUUAGUCGCAAAACUUCUUUUGUGCGAGAAACAAAAGGCGUUAUGAAUUCUCCUAUUAGUCAUAUUACAAGAUGCUUUCGAAAAGCUUCUGUUUUGCUUGGGAGUCAGAGAGAAACAUUUCAUGGAAAUAUUAUUCAAUUCUCAUUUGCUGAACUGGAAAAUGCCACUGAAAACUUUUCAGCUUCCAAUCUUAUUGGAUUAGGUGGAAGUAGUUAUGUAUACCGUGGUCGACUGAAAAACGGUAGUAAUGUGGCAGUCAAGCGGCUUAAAGUUCAAGGAGGACCUGAAGCAGAUACUGAGUUUUUCACCGAGAUUGAACUAUUGUCUAGACUUCAUCAUUGUCAUCUGGUGCCAUUGAUUGGAUACUGCUCAGAAUUAAAAGGAAAAAAUGUUCAGAGAUUACUAGUGUUUGACUACAUGAGUAAUGGAAAUUUGAGGGACCGUUUAGAUGGAAUUUUUGGAAAAAAUAUGGAUUGGUCUACUCGCGUUACAAUUGCCUUAGGAGCUGCAAGGGGCUUGGAGUAUCUUCAUGAGGCAGCUGCUCCAAGAAUUCUCCACAGAGAUGUCAAAUCAACAAACAUUCUUCUCGAUAAAAAUUGGCAAGCAAAAAUAACUGAUCUUGGUCUGGCUAAAGAUUUGAGAUCUGAUGACCUCCGUAGUUGUUCAGAUUCUUCCGAAAGAAUGAAAGGGACAUUUGGCUAUUUUGCACCUGAGUAUGCAAUUGUUGGGAGAGCCUCUAUUGAGUCUGAUGUCUUCAGUUUUGGCGUGGUUCUUCUUGAGCUUAUCACUGGUCGCCAACCUAUCCUUAGAUCUGCAGGCAAAGAAGAAAGCCUUGUUGUAUGGGCUACUCCUCUCUUACGGGAUAGUAGGCGAGUAAUGACAGAGUUGGCUGAUCCACAAUUGAAAGGAAACUUCCCAGAAGAUGAAGUGCAUAUAAUGGCAAACCUAGCAAAGGAAUGCUUACUGUUGGAUCCUGAUAAUAGACCAACUAUGAGUGAAGUUGUUCUAAUUCUAUCAAGUAUUUCCCGAACCAGAUCUAGAAGAAGAAGAUACAUUCAAUUGUGCCUUUUUCAGGAACCAGAGGAAGAAGAGAAGCCAAGACAAGCUUCAUGGAGAAGAUUUCCACAUCAUAAUUCAUUGCCACGUGGUACUGACUACAAUCUUCGUGUUGAAAACGAAGAUAAAAAUGUAGAUACAAUUUCAACCGAGUAUAUGAAGAGUUUGAUCCUCUUGACUUCAAAAGGUGAGAGUUGGCAUGCAUCAGAAGAAGACAUGGUAGACCUAUCGGAGCCUCGGUUGGAAUCAUUUUCCAUGACAAACAUCAAUUUCCCUUGAUAAUAUACACCUUCCAUUAUGCAUCAACACUACUACAGCCAUGUUAUACUAUGUACAUAUACUAAUGUGAUUUUUAGAGUGUUACUGUUUUAGAUAAACAGGUUGUUUGUUCUACUUGUACAGAUGAAAAGCAUACAUGAUUCCGGCUCUAGUUUAUUUGGAAAAGAAUCGGAUGCGAUACAUGUAAAAAAGCAUUGUAAAUUUGCAAAUAUAUUUACAGAUAGAUAUAUCACACAUGGAAUUGUAUAUCUACACAUUCUUUAUCCCCUAAAAUAUUUAGUGAGUACUACCAUUUUAUUGUUUGCUUUACAAGGUUUCUAUGUUAGUUGAACAUUGAAUUAUCAGCCUUUGAAUGGUAGAUGAAAAGUUUGACUUGUGUGGAAAGGAAGUUAUUGAACUUUUACAUAUUUAUUUAGUAGAAAUGUAAAAGCAACCAUUGUAAGUAGGUGAUGAUGGAUCCUCCCCCUCCUCCGAGCACACCGUUGUUAGGUCCUGCUCCCCCUAUCGGAGGAUUCUUGGAUUCUUGCUUAUGGUUUCUAUGCUGCUGUGGUCUAUUUAGUUGCUGCUUUCCUCCGCUUUACGAACCAAGGCCGCCUCCUCCUCUCUAAUGCUUUCUGCAUUGUUCUGUCAAACCUGUUUAAGUUAAGUAUUUCCUUAUUGUAUGAGUCACUCACUACAAGGAAACUGGAGAAAAAUAGUUGUUGAAUAACAUAUACUUUUCAAUGCAUCAAUAAUACUUAUUACUUGUUUGUAUGUAGAUGUAACCUUGAUCAUUUGUCAUACAUAGGAAAGUUAAUCAUUUGAUGCAUGUAACAUAUGUUAUUCUAAUGAGAAAAUGGUUUGGUUGUUGCUUGCACACAAAUUCGGUUCGGCUCAAGUUCGGGCCCAAACCUGUGAACUGAACCAACCCUCAAAUUUAAUAAAGGGAUUCAAAUUCCCACCGGUUUAGAUAUUAGUUUCCGGGUUCGGGUUGAUACGGGUUCGAGUAUUAAAACCAGUUUAAUUGGCAUUAGAAUAACGAUUAGGCCAAUACAAAAUUAUAUCCAAAUAUAUUUAGCAUAAAUCAUGGCCAAAUUGAUAUGGUCAUCAAACUGAUAUGCAAGACUGAAUUGUUAUUUAUUCAAAAUCUAAAACUGAUUGAAUGUGUUAA